AUAUUUUGUGCCUAUGUUUCUGCAGUGAGCCAAUCUGACUGCUACGUCAGCCUCUGGUUGCCAACUGCUUCAGAUGAAAAAUUCCACACCCAAACCAUCAAAAACUGCAGAAAUCCUGUAUGGAAUGAAACUUUCUACUUCCGGAUACAGAGACAAGUCAAGAAUAUUUUGGAAAUCACUGUUUCUGAUGAUGACAUCAUUCGUGAUGAUGACCAUGCUAUUGUGCUUUUUGAUGUAGCUAAAAUCCCCCUAGUGUUUAUGGCAUUCCCACUAAAUCCAGAGAGGAAGGAAGAGCUGGAAGUUGAGUUUGUAUUGGAAAGCAUCCCGGGUCCUCCUGAAGCCAUCAUCACAAAUGGGGCAAUAGUGUCUCGUGAAGUAGCCUGCUUGGAAGUUCACUUGGACAGCAGGAUGAAAAAGAAGCAUUUUUCAGAGAAUGAGCUGACAUUUACAGUGAAAGGAUCCUUUGAAGAAACGCAGAGAGUUUCACUGGGCUGUGACUCCUGCUCUCCUCUCCCAGAUCCCACCUUCUUCCACUAUGCCAAAUACAAGCAACCCUCCCUGGAUGUUGCACUCACAAAGAAGAGGAGGCUUCCCACCUUUUGUGCCUGCAUGUCCUGUGGAGCACGAAGGAGAAGCAUCCCCCUGACUCUCCCUUUGAAGUCGCUCCCCUCUGAGCAGGAAGUAGUUGGUGAGCACAGAAAAUUUGAUCUACACUUCAAGUUGAAAAAAUGCCAGGAAGACCUAGACGUACGGCUGGGGUUUGACCUGUGUGCCCAGGAGAAGGAUUUCAUUCGCAAGAGGAAGAAGGUGGUUGCAGCUGCUCUGAAGGAUGUCCUCCAGCUGGAGGAGGACUUGCAGGAUGAUGAGGUACCUGUGGUGGCAAUCAUGACAACGGGUGGUGGAACAAGAGCUCUGACAGCCAUGUAUGCUCACCUUCUCAGUGUGCAGGAACUGAACGUCUUGGACUGUGUCUCAUACAUCACUGGUUUAUCUGGCACAACAUGGACCAUGUCAAACUUGUAUGAAGAUCCUGACUGGUCCCAAAAGGAUCUUAAGGAAACACUCAAUGAUGCCCGAAAACACGUGCUCAAAAAUAAGUUCCUUACUUGCUUUGCACCCGAUCGUCUGAAAUAUUAUUUGAAAGAGUUGUGCCAGAGGGAAAAGGAAGGACAUCAGAUAUGUUUCACAGACCUGUGGGGACUCAUCAUUGAAACCAUGUUACACGAAAAGGAGGACCCCCAUAAGCUCACAGAUCAGCAGCAGGCACUAAAUCAGGGUCAGAACCCCCUGCCCAUCUACCUCUCUCUCAAUGUGAAGGAUAAAAUCAGCGACCAGGAUUUUAGAGAAUGGGUGGAAUUCACCCCUUAUGAGGUAGGAUUCCCAAAAUAUGGCGCCUUCAUUCGUGCAGAAGAUUUUGGUAGUGAGUUCUUCAUGGGUCGCCUGAUGAAGAAAAUACCAGAAUCCAGAAUCUGCUUUUUGGAAG